AUGCGUUUCUCUCUUGUUGUUGCCACGCUUUGCGCCCCCUCGGCUCUUUCUUUUCCUUGGUUAGCACCAGGGGGACUAGAUGCGCUGCUCAACCACCCAGAAGCGCGUACAGAGAUUGAUCGUCGCUUGAAAGAGCACCAAGCUGGCCAAGCAGAAAAGAGGCGUGAGCCCCGGCAGCUCAAGACUGGCGUCGUGGGUGGCGUGGUGUCUUUGCUUGGAGGCACAGUCGAAGCUGUCCUCGACAAUGUUGUAGGCUUGAUUCCGACCAACAAAGCCGUCAAGGGUUUGCAGAAGUUCCCUGAAGCUUCUCACCCGUUCAAAGCUCCUGGUAAAACUGACCAGCGAGGCCCCUGCCCUGGUCUCAACACUUUGGCCAACCACGGAUAUAUUCCCCGAAAUGGCAUUGCGACUAUCGGUCAGAUCCAGGCCGGCACUGCAAAGCUCUUCAACAUGGGCGCAGAUCUUUCCGCCCUCCUCGCCGUUGGUGGUGCCGUUGACGGUGGCGAUAUUCUGUCCCAGAAGAUGAGCAUUGGAGGCCCCGAUAACCGUGUCGGGCUUCUGAAUGGAGCUUUGAACAAGAUCUUCGGCAAGCCAUCUGGUAUCGCUGGACAUGGAAAAUUCAACGAAGGCGACGCGUCUGCUACACGUGAAGAUUUCUACCUCAACGGCGACAACAUUUCAUUUAAGUCCGAGCUCUUCAAGCAGAUGCACCAACAGGCUCUCGCUAAGGGUGAUGGUACUUACAACGUCGAUGCAAUCAAGGAACACUUCAAGAACCGAUACAGAGACUCCAAGGCCGCGAACAAGCAGUUUUACUUCAACCUCCCUAGUGCCGCAGUUGUCAUGGGCGCAUACUACUUUGUUCCUGGCUUCUUCUCCAAUGGAACCAUUGGUGCCGGCGGUAUCGCUAACGAGGCUUCUAUUACCUCUUUCUAUGGCGCCAAGCCAAAGCGAAAGAACGCUUGGAAGGAUAAGGACCUUGACUAUACCCAUGUGCCUGAGCGCAUCCCCGAGCAGGGCUGGUAUCGACGCGCUACACCCAUGACUAUCCCCGAGGCUGUUGGUGGGAUUCUUGACGUCUACCUUUACGCUCAACCCGCUCUGGGAGGAUCUGGCGCUGACGGCAGUUGGGUCGUUGGUCCACUUGACUUGCCCAAGGAUCCUCAAGGCCUGAGCUGCUUCUUGUACAAUGCAAUCUUUGCCAACUUCCCUGCUGAGCUCUUCAACUCCGUUCGACUCUUACAGUCAGUUCUCAAUGGUGUCUCAGAUGCGCUUGUUCCCGGAUACAAGGCUCUCGGCUGCAAGGUCGAUUUUCCCGAUGCCAAGGGCUCUUCGGCGAGUAACAAGUUCGCUGCGUACGAGAAGAAGUACGUUGGUCCUGCCAAGACAAAGGCUGUAGGCAGUGAUGGCGUGUUGUUGGUAUGGGUUGACGGCCUUGCUGAUGGCAUGAAGAGAGUAGACGACUGCCCAUACAAGGUUAUCAUCUUCCAUAUCCUUUUUCAUGUCGGUGUGACGAUAAUAUUCCGUCCGUUCAUCGCCAUGCCACGGUCAAGCCGAUUGAUGACACUGACAUCUCCAGACAGUCACCCCUAA